CAAGAAUAUGUUUAUUAGCAAACUCAGUUAAUACUUCUGAUUUCAGAUUAGGAUAUAUGGGAGGGAGCCUCCCAUACAUGAUCUCUAAGGGGGUCAGGUCCAAGUUGUAAGGAAAGGGAGAAGAGCUAUCCAGUCCCCACCAGUCUCCAUGGUCAAUUGGUAAGGGUCUCUUUUAGAGUUCUAUCCAACCUGUCCUGAGCUUCGGGGCCUAGAAACACAAUGUAAUUCCCAACCCACCAUGAUGGCCUUCACCAUUCCCUGGACCUGAGCAGUGAAGGUAGGUCCAUUAUCAGAGUUCAGCAUGACAGGAGUUACAUCCCUGGGAAGGCUUGAUCAAUGAGCAGUUUCAUGUUGAGUAGGGAAGCCUCAGUCCAUCCUGAAAAAGUAUCUUCAAGUUCUAAUAAACAUCUGUAUCCAUAUUUGCCCGGUUUUACCUUAGCGAAGUCCAUUUCCCUAUAGGUAUCCGGUUUGGCGCCUCUCUGUUGGGAGCCCUUUGGGCUGUUUGUCCAUGUUGGUAAGUUUGCAGGUAAGGCACUUGGAGGUAAUUUGUUCUACCAAAGAUUGUAGGUGAAUAAUUUUUAAGUUCGCCUGAGUUCUGUUUUCCUUGUACCCAGGGGAUGAACAUGCUGGAGCAGGUCCCCAGCAAGGUGUCAGGCAGGGUCAUCCACCAGUCUGGGCCUGUGAGGCACAGGUAACUUACUUCCGAUAUACGCACUGUCCUCCUUACAGUAUACACUUUACCUUGCAGAGUAGGCAGCCCAGGAUCUGGCAAACAAAAGGCCAGAGUUGGCAAAGGAUUACGGAUGGCAGCCUUUGCUGCUGCAUCUGCCCUCUCAUUGCCUUUUGAUGGCCGGGCAGUGUACAGGUGCCAACUUCCUGGGUAGCCAGAAGGCUUGCACUAAGCCUGUGAGAACCGAAUGUUGGGUUCCUGUAUAUACUAAGAAUUUGAUGGGUUUUCCCCCCACUUUAAUGGUUACUCUAGGUUCAGGGAGAGGGACUGAACCCUAUCUCCCCUAGUCACUUAGUUCCUCUAUUUCCAUCACUUUUGCUUGACCCUCCUCUGUUUUUGGAGGGGAGAGGGAUGUGUCCUGGUCCUUGAUCUAAUGUCCCAUCUCUUUACAGUAUGCACAAUAAUUCUUUUGGAGCCGGGGCUUGUCCCCAGGGGUAAGGGCAAGCUUCUUUCUUUCAUCUCUUGCCAGAGUUGAAGUUGUUGCUGUUUCUCCCCUUAGGACUUGGCCUUUGCUGCAAGUAGAAUUUUAGCCAAAUCUUGAGUCUGCUGGGCCCUUUGUAACUUAUGAUUUGUGUCUGGCACGACUUGGUUGAUGAAAGCCAUCAUCACUGUGGCCAACCUAUUCUCUGAUGUUUCUGGUUUUAGGCCAACCCAUUCUCUGGUGCUUCCAGAUUUAACAGGGUAUAAGUCCAGAAUGCUGUCAUGCUCUUUCUCGAAAGGCUGCAGGGGACUCCCUGUCUUCCUGUCUAAUAUCUCUUAUUUUAGUCAAAAUUGGUUGGGCUGUGAGAAGCUGCCAGAACAGCCUUUAGAGUCUGGCAGUAGACAGAGACGCUCCUUCCCUUCAGCCCUCCCUCUCUUCUGUGGUAAAGAAAACCUGCAGUAGUUGUUGGCAGUCAUCCCAAGUUUGCUGAUGGGUGAAAAUCGAUCAAUCUAGAAGGUUCGUGAGAGCCUCUUGCCUUUCUGAAAAAGAGGGGUUUGCAUCUUCCAGUUGUAUAAGUCACUAGUGGAAAAAGGCUGGUAUUGCAUAGGAUGGUUCCCCUGGUCAUCUGGAGGCACCAUGGUCCUAAGGGAGAGGGUCACAGUGGUAUCUGCUGUCUCCCAUUUGGUCUGCUCCCUGGCUGCUCUUCCCCUAGUGCGUGGUAGUCUAACUAAGGGAGCCUCUCCUUAGGUCAGUCUGCUUGCAAGAUUGGCCACUCUGACCUGCAGGAGGUCAUUAGUCUGUCCUUUCUAACUUCUGUCCCUAAAUCUCUAGCCCUACUUUUAAAGUCUCUAAAUUUGUCUAGGAAAACAUUCAGGAGGGUCAUCCGAGACUGUCCCAGUGUUCUAAGUUCAAACACAAGAAGAUGGUAAGCCAGACAUGACAUAAACGACAGCCAAAAAUAUACAGUAACACUAAUGCUGACGGUACAAACCUGGGUCCGAUGGGGGGGGGGGGCACGACCCACAGUGUCUCCAGAGGAACUAGGCGCAUCCAAUCCCCUACUGAUGGGUCAGGAAAGAAGACAAGGAUUGGAUGGUUGUGGUUUCCUUUAAAACUGACCCAGCAUAAGGAAACUUCAGGAAGUGAGUUUUUAAUAUGCUGGCCUGACAGCAACUGGUAGGCAGAAACUGCAGGCCCCUCCUAGGUCUCAGUCCCAUUAGUCCUGUUCAGCAAAGAGUGGCUUUAGGCAGGAGGGCUUCCUUAGAACUUCAGGGAAAUACCUAGACUAUUUGCAGUCAUAUCUGUAGGUCACUUAGCAACCAUGCUUUUAUUCUUCCUCAUUAAGUCAGACCUGUUCUAUCUGUCUUCCCUCGCACAGCACAGCACAUCCACAGUCAUGGUAUCCCAGGGCUAGCAAUAGCUGUGUCAGACACUGGUGACUACCCUAUAUUCUCUUUCUGGCUAUUUCCAGAGAGGCAUGGUUACCUAAAGAAAAAUAGCUCAAAAUAUGUUAAUGCCAUCUAUAGAAUUAAAGAGUCCAAAUUAGAAUUCAGUAUUGUUUUUUACUCCCAAACCCUUUUACACUACAUUGCUUUUUUUUUUAAAUAUUUAUUUUCUUUACAUAUAUGAGUACACUGUAGCUGUCUUCAGACGCAUCAGAAGAGGAUUCCAUUACAGAUGGUUGUGAGCCACCAUGUGGUUGCUGGGAAUUGAACUCAGGACCUCUGGAAGAGCAGUUGGUGCUCUUAACCGCUGAGCCAUCUCUCCAGCCCCUACAUUGCUUUUAUAAACUGAAGCCGUUCCCCUAGGCAACUCAGUCUUACUUUCUAAUCAGACUUCAAGUCCUAUCGAAUAAUUCUCCAUAACUGGUAACUGAAUCCUCGCCAGAGCUGCUCCAUCCUGCAUCCUUGUCUGACUCGUAUGAAGGAUGGGGGUGAAGGUCCUUGCUCUAAUUCAUUGGACGUUUAGGACUCCAUUCUCACUACCACUCCUACCCUUACCUGGAAUGAAGACCUGGAGGUGAGGGACACUAUACGUUAUUCCCAGCGUUCAGUAACCAUUUCUUCAUUUACUACAUGUAUAUAUUUUGAAGUGGUUUUCCUGAGUAGCCCUGGCUGUCCUGGAACUUGCUCUGUAGAUGAAGCUGGCCUCCACAUCAGAGAUCCGCUCGCUUCUGCCUCCGUAAAGUUGUGCAUUGUGCACCAUUACACCCAACCUCCAGUCUUUGUGAACAUCACACUCAACAUACAACCUUUUUUUUAAUGAGUGGUUUGCCUCUGUGUGUGUGUGUACACCGCGUGUGCCUGGUGCUGAGAUCAUCACUGGGAAAGUGAUAGACGACUGUGAACUGCCAUGUGUGUGCUGGAAACUGAACCCAGUUGUCCUCAGCAAGAAGACCGAGUGCUCUUAACCAGUGAGUCCCCUCCCUGCCUGAGACAGUCUUUGUAAUCCAGGCUGUCCUGGAACUAUGGAAAUUAGACUGCCAUCAAACUUCGAGAAAUCCUGAGUGCUGGUGUUAAAGGCAUGUACUAAUGGCCCUUUUAAAAAGCUAUCUUGAGGAAAUUUCAGGGUUGUUUGCACUUUUUAAAUCUAGCUUUGUCCAGUGUUACCCCGGCUGACCUGGUACAGUUAUUGAAACUAACAAAUUAAUAUGAUAGCACCUUACCUACAUUCCCUACUCAAAGUCCACCUAUCUCUACCAAUAUUCUAAUUUGUGACAGUUCCUUAUCUUUCAGGACCUGGAGAUUUUUGUUUUGUUGGGGGUUGGUUAUGUUUUUGCUUUGGAGACAUGCAUCCAUCUUGAAGCCCAGGCUGCCCUAGAACCUGUUGUUAUCCUGCUUCAGCCACCCAAGCGCUGAGAUGACAGCUGUAUGCCAACCAGACCUGAUUGACUCUGAGAUCCCCCUCAAAGAGAUGCCCUUUUGGAGAGAAAGCUGUUUGAUCCAAAAAGCAGUGGAUUUUGUCCCCUUUGGGGUCACAUAUCAGAUAUCCUGAAUAUCAGAUGUUUACAUUACAACUCAUAAGUAACAAAAUUAGCUAUGAAUUAGCUAUGAAAUAAUUGUAUGUUUGGGGGUAACAACUUGAGGAACUGAGUUAAAAAGUCAGAGUAUUAGGAAAGUUGAAGACUGUCCUCAGAGAAUAUCCCUCAAUAUGGGUUUCAUUUUCUUAAGAUUGGAUUUUUGUGGCAAAUACCCGGGAGGUCAUACUCCCUUAGUCUAUCAUACUAGGUGCACAGGACAUCAAUGCAGAUACCAUUAUCCUUGAUCUGAUUGAGUGAUGCCUGCUGCAUUCUUUUUUUAUUUUAUUUUUAUUUUUUUUAUUUUUUUAUUUUUUGGUUCUUUUUUUUUUUCGGAGCUGGGGACCGAACCCAGGGCCUUGCGCUUCCUAGGCAAGCGCUCUACCACUGAGCUAAAUCCCCAACCCCGCCUGCUGCAUUCUUGAUGCAAACCCUACGCGCUGAACUCUUCCCCCACUGAAGAAAAGGCACCUGUCAUGAAAUUCUGGAGGUAGAUCAUCAGGCUUGGUUUCAGCAAGUCCCAUUGCAGGAAGAAACGUUCGUGAAGAAAGUGGUGAUGCCAAUCGCAUAUGAGGCUAUUGAGGUAUAAGCUAUAGACUUUCAUGUGACAAAAGGAUCCUUGCAUGCCAGUGUUUUAAGCUAGGUGUUCUGCUAGAAACCCGGAUUGUUUUUCAUAACCUGCAAGAGUAAAAAAUAAGCAGAGGACAAAGACAGGUCUCUGGAAAAUGGGUCCUCCAAAGAGGUGAGAAAAUGGAAGGGCAGAAAAGUAAAUAAGUGUCUCCCAAGAAACACAGGCGUGCAGAGGAGUUCGCGAUCCCAGAUCUUACACACCGAGGGCAGUCUUGACUAAUUCAUCCCAGAGCUUGCUCCAGAGAUGCCCAACCUCGGGGCUGCCCAUGUCCUCUGAUCAUUGAAGUUAAUUGUUUCUGCCUCAAUCUGGGCCAAAGGGAGUCCAGCAACAGCUGGCCUCAGCCCAGGGACCUCGAUUGAAUACUGAAAACGCCAAGACUUGACACCUCGAACUCACAGCCGGAGAGGAAAUUCUCCAUUAGAAGAGCUUCAGUCUUUCCCAGUGGGGAGAGUCCAUGCGUCGAUGACUCACGUCAGCCAGCCCCAUCACUACUGUCUACUGAUUGGUUGUUCUAUCUGUCUGUCUUCACGAAGGACUGUGCGCAGGCUCAGAAGGGCGGGGAACUCGGCUGAGUGUUGGCGAUUCGGAGCUGCUGUGUCUGUCCGAGAUGGCAUUCCCAUCAAGAGCACAAUGGACAAUCCCACCACGACACAGUACGCCAACCUCAUGCACAACUUCAUCUUAAAGGCUCGGAGCACUGUGCGUGAGAUUGACCCCCAGAAUGACCUAACCUUCCUUCGAAUUCGCUCCAAGAAAAAUGAAAUUAUGGUGGCACCAGAUAAAGACUAUUUCCUGAUUGUGAUUCAGAAUCCAACUGAAUAAGGCACUGUCUUGGCUUCCUGUGUCAUUCCUUAAUUUAAUGUCCCCCGAGAAUAAUAGCGUUAAUCAUGUCAGUGGGCACAUGUGGCUGCCUGGAGCCAUGCAGACCUUGGCAUUGGUGAAGGGUAGCUCUGCCCACCCCACCAAGGAGUGCCUCUGAUGAUCCGGUCAGUCCCCAGAAGAGCUCAGUUCUCUCUCCAGGCUUUGGAAUGAGAGCUCUUGAUAAGCCCACAGCCAGCUUCCUUCUAACCUUCAUUUCACUUUGUCCCCCUUGGAAGCUGUUUUUGUUUUUUUAAACUAAAAAUAACUUCAACCCCC